CCACAUCUCCGAUUUCCCCUCUUUCUCUUCUCUUCUCCAAAACCCUCAUCUGUACUCAUCUCGGCUGGAGCUCUGCAAACGAUUAUUACGUUUUCAAGAUCUAAAAAGAAAAUUCUUCAUUUAGGUCGAGACAGCGGACGAGAAUUCCAGGAGACGCAAUCCGUGAUUUCUAGCGGAAGAUCGACACAAGUUACGCGCUUAUAUCCGAUCGAUAUCUUCCUAAGACGCCAUGAAAGGUUUAACUACAAAUGGUAUCAAGCCAUUGUUCUUGACUAAAGCUCAGAGGGAGGAACUGGCCAUCCGCCGACGUGAGGAAGAAAUUGCAGAGCAGAAACGUCGAUCCGAACAGCUUCUCCACAGCAACAGACCGUCAUCUGAUUCUAAACCUUACGAUCCCGCUAACGAUGCUUCUGGUCGCUCGCACCGCGAUAGGGAUCGGGACCGCGACAGGGAUCGCGAUCGAGAACGUGACCGCGAUCGUGAUAGAGAUAGGGAAAGAGACCGUGAAAGAGAUCGUGACCGUGAGAACGAACGACGCAACAGAGACAGGGAACGCGACGAAGAUCAGAAAAGUAGAGAACGAGCGCGAAACGAGAAAUUAGCAGAAAGAGAGCGCGAGAAGGAACUAGAGUCUAUCAAAGAGCAGCACCUAGGAUCAAAAAAACCUAAGAAACGAGUAAUCAAGCCUAGUGAAAAGUUCCGAUUCUCAUUUGACUGGGAGAAUACGGAGGAUACUUCUCGUGAUGUGAAUUCACUUUAUCAGAAUCCUCACGAAGCCCGUCUUCUGUUUGGUAGAGGAUUCAGAGCUGGAAUGGACCGCAGGGAACAGAAGAAGCUAGCAGCGAAGAACGAGAAGGAUAUCAGAGACGAGAUUAGGAAAAAGGAUGGCGUGGAAGAGUUACCAGAAGAGGCCGCCGCACAAAAGCUCAAGGAACAGGCUGCUGAGAAAUACGACACCUUCGAUAUGAGAAUAGAUCGACAUUGGUCAGAUAAAAAGCUCGAGGAGAUGGCAGAAAGAGAUUGGAGAAUUUUCAGGGAAGAUUUCAACAUAUCCUACAAAGGAUCCAAGAUCCCCCGCCCUAUGAGGAAUUGGAAGGAGAGUAAGUUAAGUGAGGAACUGAUGAAAGCUGUGGAAAGAGUCGGUUAUAGUACUCCCUCCCCUAUUCAAAUGGCAGCCAUUCCACUCGGACUUCAGCAACGCGAUGUGAUUGGCGUUGCCGAAACUGGUUCAGGCAAAACCGCUGCAUUUGUUCUCCCUAUGUUAAUGUACAUAUCCAGACUUCCUCCCGUGAACGAAGAUAACGAAGCAGAAGGUCCUUAUGCAGUAGUAAUGGCUCCAACUCGAGAACUUGCCCAACAGAUUGAAGAAGAAACGCUCAAAUUCGCACAUUACUUGGGCAUCAAGGUGGUUUCAAUCGUAGGAGGACAAUCAAUCGAGGAGCAAGGAUUCAAAAUUCGACAAGGAUGUGAAGUAGUGAUUGCGACACCAGGUCGUCUUCUCGAUUGCUUAGAGAGACGCUACGCAGUCCUCAACCAAUGCAAUUAUGUAGUUCUCGACGAGGCCGAUCGUAUGAUUGAUAUGGGAUUCGAACCUCAAGUAGUCGGUGUUCUUGAGGCCAUGCCAUCGAGCAAUCUGAAACCAGAAAACGAAGAAGAAGAACUCGACGAGAAGAAAAUCUACAGAACAACCUACAUGUUCAGCGCCACCAUGCCACCCGCAGUCGAACGACUCGCCAGAAAAUACUUGAGAAACCCAGUUGUCGUUACAAUCGGUACGGCUGGAAAGGCGACAGAUUUAAUCACUCAGAACGUGAUAAUGGUGAAGGACUCCGAGAAACUGCCAAGGCUGCAGAAACUAUUGGAUAAUCUCGGCGAUAAGACAGCUAUAGUGUUUAUAAACACGAAGAAAUCAGCCGAUUUUCUAUCGAAAACUCUGGAUAAGUCUGGGUAUCGGGUUACAACUCUGCACGGAGGGAAAUCGCAGGAAUCAAGAGAGAUUAGUUUGGAAGGGUUUAGAACGAAAAGAUAUAAUAUAUUGGUGGCGACUGAUGUGGCCGGACGUGGGAUUGAUAUUCCUGACGUGGCUUAUGUUAUUAACUACGAUAUGACGACGAGCAUUGAAAUGUAUACUCAUAGGAUUGGACGAACUGGUCGAGCAGGGAAAACUGGGGAAGCCACCACGUUUUUGACUUUACACGAUUCUGAUGUGUUUUAUGAUUUGAAACAGAUGCUAAUACAGAGUAAUAGCCCUGUUCCGCCUGAAUUGGCUAGACAUGAAGCAUCCAAAUUUAAGCCUGGAAGUAUACCUGAUAGACCUCCAAGAAGGAAUGAUACAGUCUUUACUCACUGACCAAGAAGGAUUUGUAUGCCUUUAGAAGGAGGAGCAGCAGCAGCAGCAUAUUGAGAGAGGAUUACUUACAACAGAAAGAACAUAACCCAAUUCCCAAGUGGGUUUGUAACUAAAGUAUGUUUUUUGAUUCAUGUGACAUACUUUUACCCUUUAUUUAAUGAUAUGUCUUAACAUUGUUUUCUGUUAUUAGUUGUUGAUGAUGAUAAAUGGUGUGGGUGAACAUUGAUUGGAAUCUUCUGAGUCUCUUAGUUUAUCAUGGAUAAUGAAUUUUUGGUAUUGUCGAAAUGUAUUGCACUUUUUCUUAUUAAUGCUCAAGAUUGCAACUUG